AUGGGGAAGGAGAGUGUGAGCCCCGAGGAUUCAUCUGUUGCAGACAGUAGCCAGGUCAUUGGCAAAGAGAAUGAUUGUCCAAGCGCAAAUGCUUCUCCGAUGGAAACUAAUGAUGAAUGUCAGACCUCAAAUAUUUCCAAUGAUGACCGAUUUCGUAUUGAUGUUGGUAGAGGACAGCAGUGUCAGAAUCCCGACUCAACCUCUAUAUCCGUGGCCGAUACUGAUGUAACAAACGAGGAGGAAAUAUAUGUGGCACCAAAUAUCGACAUGGAGUUUGAAUCAGAAGACCAUGCUUACAAGUGCUAUAACAAGUAUGCUAUUCUGAAAGGUUUCAGCAUAAGAAAGGAUUUCAUCAACAAAAGUCGGAUAGAUGGUUCUGUGGUGUCCAGAAGAUUCACCUGCCAUAGACAGGGUUUUCGUCCUAACAAAGAUUAUACAAAUCCGAAGAAAUUUCAACAAGAAACAAGGACCGGUUGCUUGGCACACAUGACUAUUUCUCGUCAAACAAAUGGCAAGUUUCGUGUCACAAGUUUCGAAACAGAACACAAUCACGAGUUUGUAACACCCAGUAUUGCCUAUACGCUGCCAUCACAGAAAAAAUUGAGUUUUGUUCAAGCUGUUGAAGUGAACCUAACCGAGUCUAGGUUGAAUGGAGUACCAAAACUAGGAAUGGGAUUCGAUUCUGAGGAGCAUGCUUAUGAAUUUUAUAAUUCAUAUGCUGCACAAGUAGGUUUCAGUGUUAGAAAAGAUUAUGUAAAUAGAAGUAAAGUCGAUGGUGCUGUGGCAUCGAGAAGAUUUACUUGCUUCAGAGAAGGUUUCCGGAAGAAAGAGAAGCGAGUCACGAAUGUAAAGAGACCGCGGAAGGAUACUAGGAUUGGAUGUUUAGCGCAACUGAUUAUUUCUCGUCAGCUGGAUGGCAAGUAUCAUAUAACUCAUUUUGAAGAAAAACACAAUCACGAACUUGUUGCUGCGUGUAGAGUUCAUAUGUUAAGAUCACAGAAGAGGCUAGCUGUGACUCGAGUUGAAGACAGUAUUGUACAUGGAUGCAAUGUGCUUCCCAAGCCGGUUGAAGGUUUUCUUAAUCUGGAUUAUGAUCCUGUGGAUCGUGAAUAUCAACUACCUUUCAAAUGCACACGAGAAAUAAAAGAGGAAGAAACCGAAAAGAUUAGGCACUACUUUCAAAUCAAGCAAUCAAAGAAUCCUUCUUUCGUUUACGCUUUCCAGCUUGAUGCCGAGAAUCGAAUGACAAAUAUAUUUUGGGCUGAUGCAAAGAUGAUAGUUGAUUACAGAGACUUUGGCGAUGUUGUUUGUUUUGAUACGAGUUAUAAAUUUUAUGAGGACUCGCGCCCAUUUGCUCCGUUUCUUGGUAUAAAUAAUCACAGGCAAAUGAUUAUCUUCGGGGCUGCACUUCUAUAUGACGAAUCUGUUGAAUCUUUUAAGUGGCUGUUUCAUGUUUUCAUUAAGGGGAUGUCUGAAACCAAGCCAAAGACAAUCCUAAUAGAUCAAGAUCCAAUAAUAGCCGAAGCUAUAAAUUCCGUGUUUCCUCAAACAAAUCAGCGAGUUUGUGUGUGGCAUGUCUACCAAGACGCCCUCAAGCGACUUAGUCUCGUAUCUGUUAAAUCCGAUUCCUUCGUAAAUGAUUUGAGCAGCUGCUUUUUUAAUCAUGACGAGGAAGAGGAUUUUGUUAUUGCAUGGAAUGCUUUCAUGGACAAGUAUAAUCUGUGGGAAAACGAAUGGUUGCGUCAAAUAUACGAAAGCAGAAACCAAUGGGCCAUAGCUUACGGACGACAUAUUUUUUGUGCCGACAUAGCAAGCUUGCUUGUGCGAGAAAAUCUUACCGGCAACCUGAAAAAGCACCUCAAGAAUAAUGACUCAGGUGUUCUUCCAUUUCUCAAGCAUCUCACGAAGAUGGUGACUGAUUGGCACUACAAGGAACUAGAAGCUAAUUAUGACACUAGCCGGCAUAUGCCCGCUCUAAUGGGCGAUAUCGUUACAUUAAAGCAUGUAAGAGAACCAUACACGCCAAAGAUAUUCGAGUUAUUCCAGAAAGAAUACGAAGCAUGCUUAAAUCUAGUGCUUAAGCAUUGCAGUGAGAGUGGAUCAUUGUAUAAUUAUAAAGUUAGCAUAUAUGAACAAGUCCGAGAGUAUACGGUUAGUUUCGACUCGUCUGAUGAGACAAUCUGUUGCAGCUGUAUGAAGUUUGAGUGUGUGGGAGUCUUGUGCUGUCAUGCAUUAAAGGUUCUUGACUAUAGGAACAUAAGGAUAGUUCCAUCGAAAUACAUCUUAAAGAGAUGGACAAAAGAUGCUAGAGUUUGA